CAUAGAUUAGAGCACUUAGCUAGCUCUGCUAACCAAAACCUUCCUUUUCAUUGAUGGAGAAGGAACCAUCUUCAUCAUCAUCACCGGCCGUUGCCCUCAUCGUGGGUGCAACGGGGAUGGUUGGGCUGAGCCUUGCGGAAGCUCUGAACAACCCAUCAACACCAGGCAGCCCCUGGAAAGUCUACGGGGUGGCUCGUCGUCCAUUGCCAAACUGGUUCCCAGCUUCACUCCUCCACAGCUUCAUCUCAGCAGACGCCUUGGAUCGUCAGGACACGUUACUGAAGCUCUCACCGAUAGCUCAUGAAGUCACCCAUGUGUUCUGGGUUGCGUUACAGAUCCACGAAAGCGAGGAGGUGAACGUCUCUGUGAACUCCUCCAUGCUGUCGAACGUUAUCGACGCAAUCAAAUCUUCAGGGGAAAGGUGUAGCCUCAAGCACUUUACCUUACAAACAGGGACGAAACACUACAUGGGUCCGGUCUAUGACCCUGUACAUGGAUCCAAGAUUGUGAUGCACGAGGCGCCGUUUGAGGAGUGUAUGCCAAGGUUGCCAUACCCCAACUUCUACUACGCCCAGGAAGAUGUCUUGGCGUCAGCGUUGCCGCCAGAGGUUACAUAUUCAGUGCACCGCUCGUCCAUCAUAGCGGGUGCAACGCCGAGAAGCCUCUUCAACACGAUGGUCUCCCUGGGGGUUUACGCCACGAUUUGCCGGUACAGAGGGUUACCGUUCAGGUACCCGGGGAGCAGGUACACGUGGGAACACUUCUGCGAUAUGUCUGAUUCCAGGCUGUUGGCAGAGCAGCAGAUUUGGGCAGCAACCACGGAGAGUGCCAAGAAUCAAGCAUUUAACUGCACCAACGGCGAUUUCUUCACGUGGAAGAAGUUCUGGAAGGCCUUCUGUCAAGUGUUUGAUGUGGAGUUCGACGAGGAGGAAGAAUGUGGGUUCGAUGUUGUUGGGAUGAUGGCGGGGAUGGAACAUGUGUGGGACGAGAUUGUUGAGAAACAUGGGUUGGUCAGGACGAAGAUGGCAGACAUCACUUGCUUUGAUGCAGUGACAGUAGUCACCAACUUCAAGUUCCAGCAUGUUUGUAGCAUGAACAAGAGCCGUAAGUUCGGGUUUCUGGGUUACUGCAACACGCUAGAGAGCAUUCCUUACUGGGUUGGGAGGAUGAGGGAGAUGAAGAUCAUACCUUGAUGACGAUGAACAGAUAUCCUCCACGUUGGUUUCGCCUGCUUUUGUUACCUGUUUCUGUCUUCCUAUAAAAAGCUUCGAUGAAAAUAUAUGGAAACUAUUUCCUUAUGUAUCCUCCUGCUAUUGCUACUUCUUUCUGUUGCAUAAUAAAGCUCUGAUGAAAAUGCAUAUUGAAACAAUCUCACUGAACCAUCGACAGACUCAGGUAAUGUAAACACACAACCUUAAACACAGCAAGACCCACAGCCACUAGACAACAUCCGAAACUUUCAUGAACAAUUUCAUAUCCUUGCAUGUGGUUACAGUCACAGAGACACAACAGGUUUAACAAAUGUGAAAAUUUUCCAACUAAUGGAAGUUCAGAUCUUGCCCGACACUAACCCACAAACAUCAAACUCGUACAAGCUUCAACCCAGUACAAUGGAGCAAUACAUAAGCAACCUUUACUAUUUUUUUUCUUCUUUACUUCGAUCACAAAAAAUCUGAACGCAAAUGUGCCUAAAUAUUGCACCAAUUGAUGCAUCAUACUAAUCCGAAGAACUGUUCCAGUGAUGAAGAGCUGAAGACAUUUCCAGGUGAUCGUUCAAGCUUUGUUGGAGAGACAUGGAGUUGAUACUUGAUAAACCUCUGCAAAUCAGAGGUGGAAAAAAGGAACACAGAUUGUGAGCAAUAGAAAACAUGCUUAGUCAGGAUUGACAAUCAAAUUCCUCGGUCCAAAUAUGAAAGUGGGAGUUGCAGGAGAUUUACAGCUAAUUGGGUAACAAUUUCAGCACUGCUGUCAAUAUGCCAGUCUGGUUCUAGUUGGCGAACAAAAGAUGUGCGUCCAGUUUCUGUGCUGCAAAAGAGAACCUGCGAGAGGGAUGGUGAACAAUUUAAUAGAAUGAAGAUUGAGCAGAACUAAAGCAAAAUGGAUGAACAGGAACAGCGAACCAAUCCUAAUUGAAGCCUUAUAAUGUAGCACUGCUUAUGGUUUACUAUGACUAAAUCAACUGCUUGGCUUACUCAUAAACAAGCUCAAGCUUGGAACACCCUCAAACACAGCAGUACAAUAAGGCAACAGGUUAAAUAACUAAGAGAUGCUACAACAUAGCAGCAAGGUAGGACAAAAGGGCUUUCCUUUGUCAAACCAAAUGACAUUAGUGCUACUUACUGCUAGCAAUUCACCUAAAGCUAUCUAUGGGUUGUAACUUUCAACCAUCAAUGGUUGCCAGAGCUGGUCACUGAUACCUCAAAAGCCAGUGGAUUCCAAUUGCAUUAAUUAGCUAUGAGUUAGGGCAGCCAACAGGAGUCAGUUAAACACCAGUUCAUGACUUUUUCUAGGGCAAACUUGGAAGACUUAUGGAAUACUCAUUCGUUUGCAAUUGUAGGAGACUCUGGGUAAUUUGCUAUGAGUUAGGGCAGCCAACAGGAGUCAGUUAAACACCAGUUCAUGACUUUUUCUAGGGCAGCCAAUAGUGUUUAUUUAAUGCUUUCCCAAACUUUCUUAGGCAGGAGUUACGAAAGUGAUUCGAGUAAAAAUUAUAUGGACAGGUAAAGUCAUAUAAAGAUCCUUCAAUGAG